GAAAUUAAUGCAGGCGAGCGCGAGCCUGAAGGGGGCGCGCAGGAGCCAGUCCUGCCCAGCGGAAGUGAGUCGCGCCGCGCUCGCUCGUUCCACUCAGCUGUGCACGGCGUGUGGCAGCAGGCGACACACGUGGGUAGUUGUGCCCGAGCCUCACUGGCAGGAGCCGAGCGCGGGCUGCAGGGGUUGGGAGCGGCCGACAGCCUCAGGGGCAGUCAGAAGAGGAGGAUCCCCUCUGUCUCUUGCCUCCCUCCAUGUUCUCCUUGAGCGUCUCUGCGGGCCGAAGCUUGAGCAGAGCCGGUAGCCCAAGGAUUUUACUCAGAAUGACAUUAGGAACAGAGAUUACUGCACUUCUCAAAGCUUCUUCCUGCACUGCCGUGGAGCGAAAUGUUUUGAAAUGGGACCUACCACCAGAGCAGAUUAGAACAAGGACUGAAGAACUUAUCAGGAAAACAAAGCAAGUAUAUGACAGUGUUGGGAUGCUUGAUAUGGAAAAGCUCACUUAUGAGAACACGGUGCAGACUCUUGCAGAUAUAGAAGUGGAGUAUUCAGUGGAAAGAAGCAUGUUGGAUUUCCCACAGCAUGUCUCACCUGACAAGGAUGUGCGUGCAGCAAGCACUGAAGCUGAUAAAAGACUUUCUCAUUUUGACGUUGAGAUGAGCAUGAGAGCAGAUGUGUUCCAAAGGGUUGUCCAUUUACAGAAAAUGUCUGAUGCUGGGGAUUUAAAGCCUGAAGUCAAAAGAUAUUUAGAGAAGUCAGUAAAAAUGGGGGAAAGGAAUGGACUUCAUCUUCCUCCCGAAGUACAGAAGGAAAUCAAGAUGAUAAAGCAAAAACUGAGUGAGCUAUGCAUAGACUUCAGCAAAAACCUUAAUGAAGAACAUACUACUCUGAUAUUUUCUCAAGAUGAGCUUUGUGGCCUUCCUGAUGACUUUAUCAGUAGCUUAGAGAAGAUCGAAACAAACAGAUAUAAAGUUACCUUAAAAUAUCCCCACUAUUUUCCUGUCCUGAAGAAGUGCAGUGUUCCAGAUACCAGACGAAAAAUGGAAACUUCUUUUAACACCAGGUGCAAAGAGGAAAAUGCUAAAAUUCUGCAACAGUUGCUUCCUUUGAGAGCAAAAUUAGCAGAGCUUCUGGGGUACAGCACACAUGCCAACUUUGUAUUGGAGCUGAAUACUGCAAAGAUCACAGACAAUGUAACUGCAUUUUUAGAUGAUCUAAGUAAUAAGCUGAAGUGCCUGGGUGAGGAGGAGAGAACAUUUAUACUAAGCCUGAAGAAAAAGGAAUGUGAAGAAACAGGCUCUGAAUAUGAUGAAAAGAUAAAUGCAUGGGAUCUUCAUUACUACAUGAAUCGGACAGAGGAGCUCAAAUACUCGGUGGAUCAGGAGAAGCUGAAAGAGUACUUUCCCAUUGAAGCAGUCACAGAAGGGUUGCUAAACAUUUACCAGCAGCUGCUCGGGCUAGUAUUUGAACAAGUAGACAAUGCUCAUGUCUGGCAUGAAAGUGUGACUCUUUACACAGUGAAGGACAGUUCAACAGGAGAAGUUUUAGGACAGUUCUACUUGGACCUGUACCCAAGAGAAGGAAAGUAUGGGCAUGCUGCAUGCUUUGGUCUGCAGCCUGGCUGCCUUCUCUCUGAUGGCAGCAGAAUGAUGUCAGUAGCAGCUCUGGUCACCAACUUCACAAAACCAACACUGGAUCGACAGUCACUGCUGCGCCAUGGUGAGGUGAAAACGUACUUUCAUGAGUUUGGACAUGUAAUGCAUCAGAUAUGUGCACAGACUGAUUUUGCUAGGUUUAGUGGAACUAAUGUGGAAACAGACUUUGUAGAGGUACCUUCACAAAUGUUUGAGAACUGGGUAUGGGAAAAAGAACCUUUACAACAAAUGUCUAAACAUUAUAAAGAUGGAAGCCAGGUCCCAGAUGAUCUCCUUGAAAAACUGGUUGCUUCUCGGCUAGCCAACACAGGUCUUUUGACUCUUCGUCAGAUUGUUUUGAGCAAAGUUGAUCAGUCAGUUCAUACUAAGUCUUCUGCUGACCCUGCUGCAGAAUACGCCAAGUACUGUGAUGAAAUUUUGGGGGUGCCUGCAACUCUAGGUACAAAUAUGCCAGCUACUUUUGGACAUUUGGCAGGUGGAUACGAUGCUCAGUACUAUGGAUACCUAUGGAGUGAAGUCUUCUCUAUGGAUAUAUUUUACAAUUGUUUUAAAAAAGAAGGGAUAAUGAAUCCAAAGGCUGGAAUGAAAUACAGAAAUCUUAUCCUGAAGCCUGGAGGCUCGUUAGAUGGGAUGGAUAUGCUCCAAAACUUUUUGGGUCGUAAGCCAAACCAAAAAGCUUUUUUACUGAGUAAAGGAUUAUAUACUUAAUACAACUUUGGGCUCUUUGUAAUCAUAAAUCAUCUGAAAAACCAGUCUUGAAUUGCUGGUUGAUUUUCAUGUCCUGAAAGGUAAAACACAGAGUUUUUCAUGAAGAAGACCUAAUUGUUUUUCUAAUGUUUUUAUUACUGGUUUUAAACAUUCAUAGUUCUUACCAUCACCCCAAAACCCACACUGAAUCACUGUACUGUACUGUACUGAAGAUCUUUUUAUUAGUACAUUAUUUGUGGAUUGUUAUGAAGGGAAAAACGUAAUUUUUUAAAAAAAUCAUUGUAGAAUUGUUGAAUAAAUGUGACUUGAUAUUGAGCAUUUUGUGGAGUUCAGUUUUGAAUGACAAAGGAAUAACUACUUUCUUCAGGCUGUAGGGGAGCUUGUACUUCUGACCCAUCUAAAUCUGUUUUUUUAACUCAGCCAGUUGUACAGAUACCAUCUCAAGGCAUUUAUCUAUGCAGAUGCACUUGGUUGCUUUGCUUGAAAGCACAGUGUUGACAUAGCAAUAAACACCAGGGCCAAAAUACAAUAAAAAGGUCUCAGAGUUCUCCCUCUUCCAUGCCUUGUGUCAAAUCUAUGGGUGCAACCAUAAGAGGAAGUGGGGUGAGGGUGGGGUGAAAAAUGUCCUUACCUUACAUGAGAGGGUGGAGAAUAUUAAUUGGGGUAUUCCACAUGUAGCACACAGCCUGCAGUUUCAUCUCCCAAGCCUCAAAUUCCCCAAGUUAUAUUCUAAAUUGUUGUCUCGUAAAUGGAAGUAACUUCCAUUUAUGUUGGCAGGGAGAGAUAAUUUUUACUCAUCCUUGCUUCUUGCUGCAGCCUCCCCCCCACCCCUCGGGGCCAAAUACUGUCCUGCUUGCAAUGGUCUCCCAGUUCUCAGGAGCAGAUUUUAGUAGGUGCAGGGACUGUAGAGGGCAUGAGAGAUGGGCCAGGGCAUCUGGUGGGCCACUGUGUGAAACAGGAUACUGGACUAGAUAGGCCUUGGGCCUGAUCCAGCUGGGCUGUUUUUACGUUCUUAUGAGAUCAGUGAAAAUUGCCUCCCUGUGUGUUUCAUUUUAAAAUACCGUGGGAUAAAUCCACUGUCUACAACUCCUUUCCUACUGCUACUUUAAGAUUUCAACUGCUUCUCUGUUUGCUGUGGUACAUGCCAUUUAAUGUCAAUUGUAUAUGUUCCUUAUAGAAAAUAAAGCCAGCCUGUGGACUGUGUUUUUAUCAUUUUGCUAGGA